GACCUGAAAGGUGGUCUGCACGUGAUGUCCUUUUCCCUCGAUACAUUUAUGACUGGCUUUCAGGUAAAAGCCCUUUGUUUGUUUUUUCGUCAGACGGUUGAAAAGAUGAUGCAGCUCAAUGACUGGAAAUCUAAAUCUAUUUAAUAAGUGAAGUCACUGGCAGUUUAAUGAGCUUCUGCGUGAAGGGGAGGCGCGCUGUGCCUUCAUUUCUCCACGCGCGCGCCACUCUUCCUCCCAGUGCGGCUCGGAACUCGCAGCGACGGGUAGUUUACGGUCUGUUAUGAGCAAGAGACACUUGAUUCAGUUACAGAUUUUACGAGGUUCAUAAGACAUUAUGUAGCACUGAGCAUUUGCGCUGAACGGCUGCGCGCAGUAUGGUUGGAGACGUCGAGACUUCUGGAAAACAUCCAGAGAUCUAACAGACUCCCGCGUUAUUUGGUUAGACACUAACAAACUUCAUUCCGUCCUAUUAUACCGGAGACUAAAUUAUGAUUUUCUUCAGAACUUGGUCAACUGUGAGACUGGUCACCGUUUUAUUAAGCUUGGGAAUUCACAAGAGCACCUGGAAAGCAGUGGAAACGAUUCAUCCUGCGUGUGCUCUGGUGGCUGCGCAUAUGAAGGCUCAAGAGCAAUGCAAUGCAACACAAAGACAAGAGUCCCAGAACAGAAACAACGUCACUGGGUGUCCCACUGAGUGGGAUGAAUUUUGGUGCUGGUCUGGGGCAGAAGUUGGACAGGUGGUCAACAUCUCCUGCUCUGAAGUAUCUCAGCUAUUUGUGAAUCAUGGUUUCAUAUUUAGGAACUGCACCAAGGAUGGUUGGACUGAAGUCUACCCAUCAUAUGAGAAUGCUUGCGAGAUUGUAGAGGAUGUGGAAUCGGAAACUGAGACCACAUAUUAUGCCACUUUCAGACAAGUGUACACUGCAGGCUACGCCACCUCUCUGAUUUCCCUCAUCACUGCCAUCUUUGUGUUUACAGUCUUCAGGAAGUUCCACUGCACCAGAAACUAUAUCCACAUCAAUCUGUUUGCAUCCUUCAUCCUGCGAGCCAGCGCAAUCUUCAUCAAAGAUGCAGUUCUCUUUGCUGAUGAGAAUCUGGAUCACUGCUUCAUGUCAACAACUUCUUGCAAGGCAGCAGUGGCUUUCUUUCAGUUCAGUAUUCUGGCGAACUACUUCUGGCUGCUGGUUGAGGGGAUGUAUCUGCAGACUCUUCUAGCACUGACUUUUGUCUCACAGAAGAAGUAUUUCUGGUGGUAUAUACUUAUUGGCUGGGGUCUACCCACACUAAUAUUGACUAUCUGGGUUCUAGCAAGGAAUUUUUUUGAUAACAAUGGGUGUUGGGAUGACACAGAUGUUGCUUACUUUUGGUGGAUCAUCAAAGGACCAAUCACUGUGUCUCUUCUGAUCAAUUUCUUAAUCUUCAUAAAUGUGAUCCGGAUUCUUGUACAGAAGCUGAAGUCUCCUGGAAUGGGUGGCGGUGAUACCAACCACUUCAUGAGACUGGCCAAGUCUACUCUUUUCCUGAUCCCUCUGUUUGGAAUGCACUACAUGGUGUUUGCCUUCCUCCCAGAGAACACAGGAGAAAAUGCUCGCCACUUCCUUGAGCUCGGCUUGGGACCCUUUCAGGGUUUUGUUGUGGCUCUGUUAUACUGUUUUCUUAAUGGCGAAGUACAAGCAGAGCUGAAGAAGAGACUGUGGAAGUGGCAAACACAAAGUUAUUUGAGAUACAGUAAGAGAAGACGAACCCUCUUUACAGAGAGCAGCACAGUCACACAAAUCUCCGUUUUAGAGAAAUCCAGCCCUAAGGAGCUGCCCUUAACCGAGUCCAACAACAGUGUGUCCACCGUCUGAAACCAGGCUUUACAUUCAUCUCAUGUCUUGUUUACUUUUUGAUAUUUCUUCUUUCUGAAACAUAGUAGACUAAGAGACUUUCAGACUACAUCUGAAAACAGAUUUUUUUUUGUUUUAAAAUGCUCUCCGUCUGCAAGUGUUUUUGAUUGCUUUCCAAAUAUUUCUCAUCCACAUUAAAACAUCAGAAAUCACAGAAAUUACUAUAAAUGAUAUGUCAAAAAAUCUUAGUGAAAGCAGACAUAAAAGUUCUUGUGCUAUCUUAUGGCACCUUCAUUCAGGUCGAACUUAAUCCUAAUUUUAAAAUGUUCUAUCACUAUUGAAUGCUUGUAAUCUGAUCAUUGUACAAAGCAACAUUUAUCUAUAGCAACACAAAGUCGAAGUGAAUAGGACAUAGUGGGAAUUUACUUAAUAAAAUAUAGGCCUUGUACACUCUAUUAACACAUUUUCAGGAGUGACAAGCACAUUUAAAUAUUAGACUAAAUAUUUGACACAAUUUAUGUUUUACAUUUGUAUGAAAUACGACACCUAAUCGAACUAAACAGAAAUGGAAUUAGGACAUGUGGAGUAUGUCGAUUUUAAUCGCAUUACUAAAGUGCAGAACAGACUUGUAAACACCUUAAUCGAACCAUUACCAUCAUGUAGGACUUUUCACUGUGUGUUUGUAACUUUACAGAGAGCAUCUUAAAACGUAGUUUUUUUUUUUUUUUUUUUUCAGAUGUAUCUGGAUUGGUGUAGAUCAGAGGUUUCCACACUCUGUCCUGUAGGGCCAGUGUUCUAGGGAAUUUUACUCCAACCCUAAUCAAACACACCUGAACCAGCUAAUCAAGCUCUUACUAGGUAUACUAGAAACUUUCAGGCAGGUGUGUUGAAGCAAGUUGGAGCUAAAGUCAGCAGGACACCGGCCCUCCAGGACUGACUUUGGACACCUCUGGUGUAGAUGAAGCUUAAAAUCACAUGGACCAAAUUUAAAGAACUCUUCUGUAAGCAAGAAAAUACAGAAAAAAAUAUAUUAUUAUUUAUGCAAAUGUCAUGCAUUGAAGAUCUUAUAAAUAGACUGAAACAUCCAAAGACAUUUUUUUUCUUUUCUACGCAUCACUGAAAUAUGAGCACUGUAACUUAUUCACAAUGCAAAAGCACAAAUCAUAUUAUUUAUUAAAGAUUAUUGACGCUAUUUACAGAACUUUUUUUUAUUAUGCAGUUUUGUGAUUCUUGUGAUCUACUUGCAUUAUAUGCAGCUUAAUUGCUUAGUGUAGAAAAUGAUGAUCACAACUGAACUUUAUAAGACGUGUUGCUCGGUAAGUCAUAUUCAUCACUCCUUCAUUUGUCAUUUGACUUUUAGUUGAAAUUGCCUUGAUGAUAAACAACAAACUGCCUUACAGUAAACUGAGACCUCAUUUUUGGAUUUCCACAAAUAAUAGCUAACAAUUAAAGGUAUUUUCCUAUUCAUUAAAGCAUCUUCAUAUAUUUAUAAAUGUGUUUCAAGGCACCAUAUUGCACAGUGCACUAGCCCUGUAUGUACAAAGAAAUAUUACAUUUCUACAGGACACACAAAGCAUUCAUUUGUUUCUUAAAAAGCGGUUAUUUUCAAGAUAUUUUAUUCAUCAUAAUUAAAUGAAAUUUUAUUAUAUUUAUUGCAAAGGAAAAUGUUUUGAGACACAUGAAUUUGCAGAACUCAUCGAAUAUUUGACAUACUGUAAUAUGUGACAGUUAUUGACACAAUUGGGUGGUAUAAUAAUAAUGAAUAAUAGUGUUUUGAAAAUUCCCUAUUUAGGAAUGCUUUGCAGUGCACACAUCUGGAGCACUACACUGUAAAGUUCCUUGUUGGUAGAAAUGUUUUCUGCUUUCAACAUGUUUUAUUGUUGCUAAUUGUAUUUGUAAAUAUACUUGCUGCUUGUGGUAGAUUUGACCUGAUGUCUAAUGUUUUCCGCUCUGUUAUUUGGUGUUUUGAUAAUGUAUAUAGAGUUUAAUUAAUAUGAAUAUUUAUUUUAAUUAAUAAUAAUUUUUAAACAAAUGUAUUUGUACCUAAGCUAUUAUUAUUUCACUAUAUUAUUAUUAUUAUUAUUAUUAUUAUUAUUAUUAUUAUUAUACUAUAUGCUGUCUAGACUAUGUGGGACUAAGAAUUCAAAUCAUCCAAACAUGAUGUGAAAACGGAAUUAGGGCCCGUUUUGGUACGGUACGCUACAGUUCGGUAUGCUUUUAUGUCAGUUUCCACUGUCAAAGGAACAUCUGUAACUUUCUGACAAUCUGGUUAUGGUAUAUGAUUUAUUUAUUCCCUGAUUGUUUUCAAUAUUGUGUUGUGUAUUGUCUUAUCUGCUUGUGCUAGAUUCUAGAUUCUCAUUGUCCUAACUGUGUGCGUUGUUGUUACAUUCACCAACCUGCCUUAACGUAUUGAGUUAUCAGAUGUGUGGUUUUGUUAAACGUGUGGAGUAAAAACCUUUAUUUUGUGCUUUAUGACAUUAUUAUUGUAUUAAUAUUGUAUAUAUGAAUGUAGUUUUGGAUGAAGACAAAACUAAUUUGAUUGCUUAUUGAAAGACCACGUUAUUUAUAGCAGUAUUUCUCAACCAUGUUCCUGUAGGACCACCAGCUUUGCACAUUUUACUUGUCUCCACAUUUUACUUGUCUUACUUGUAACCAAACACACCUGAUUCUGAUCAACAACUCAUUAGCAGAAACUGAAAGACCUGUAAUGGGUUUGACAGAUAUCUAAAACAUGCAGUGUUGGUGCUCCUCCAGGAAUGUGGUUGAGAAACACUGAUUUACAGAAUCAUGGUGCAGCCCAUGAAUACUAUUUAAUUAAGUUGUCAUUUUAAAACUUUAUAUUUUGCCACUGAAACUAUUAGGUUUUACCAGUUUGUCAGCAAGAUUUAAUUUUUUAUCAAUUAAAUACAAUGAAAAUUAA